UGCGCGUCUUCGAUCAUCCCACCUCUUUCCCACUGCAGAGUAUGCCUGUCUCGCAUCUCAUGUCUUUUGUCUGCAGCCUUGCUCUUUCUGCGCGCGAUCGUCUUCACAGAAGCUCGAUUGGAAUCUUCUUGAUAGUAUCGGUCGGAUGUUGGUAGGUUCGAGGGGCGCGCGAGGACGGUAGGUAAUGAUAUUGGUGUUGUUUCGUGAUUGGAUCCUUCUCUUUCCCACUGCAGGUUGUCCCUGUUCGACAUUUCUUCUCUUUCGUCGCCUGCAGUUCAUGUACAUCUCCUUGCUCUUUCUUUGGCCUUGUGUGCGUGAUAUGUGUGGUGCGGAACUGCAUGGGAAGUUUGUUCUGCGCUGCUCUGUUUGGGUGGCUCACGCUGGCUUGAUACCCGAUGCUGCGGUUUGGAUGGUUGGAGGACGAGGGCUUGCCUGCUGGGGAUUUCGGUAUGUCGUUAUGUCUGUGUCAGGAGUGGGGAUUAUGCUGAUUAGGUGUACAGAGAUGUUUCCUCGCGCCCACGGAGGUCGGGAGAUUGAGCGCCCUGAGAGGCCUCAGAUGCCUCGUGCUCGUCUUGGUGCUUGAGCUGGGGUGCUUGUUGUCGCUUGUUGCUGUUGCCUGCUGUCGUCUCUUCGCGCCUGCCUUCUUUGUCUAUAGUAUAAGAAUACUAUCAAAAGCCAGGAACAGAUUCAAGAGAAUCAUCAAGAUCAGUGAGAUGGUG